CUCCCCUUCCUGACCCGCAUUCGGCCGCGGCGACCGCACGAGCUCCGGGGGGGAGGACGCGGCGCGCACACGCGGAUCGUGGCCGUGACUUUGACAGUUGCGGCCACACACGCGCCAGUCAGCGGAGGGCCAACCGGGAGAGACUCGGCGCCUUUUCGGGAAGGUGAGAUGAGACCUCCCCCGUCCGAGUCAAGACAACAAGCGGCCCGAAAGAAGCCCUCCUUUGAUUGCGCUCUUCUCGUCGCGACACUUCAAACCACCAGCAUCCCGUUUUUAAAUUUUUUUUUUUUUCACCUUCCAAGAUUGAAGAAGAUUUUGACAGAUUUUAUCUCCAAUCCUCUCUCCUCCAUCCAGUCGGAAGAAACAACAUCUGCGUUUUACCUCCUGUAGGAAUACAAAAAGGAUCGAAACCAUUUUUUGGGGGGGUGGGGGGUUGUUUUAAUUUGUGCUAAAAAAAAAAUUUAUGAAUACCUCUGGGAUAGUUUGCAGUUAUCUACCUCAUCCAUCAAAACCGCCAAAUCAGUGAGCGCAACACAGCAAGCCGUGACCUCAUCCCGCUGUUACCGUGACAACCUGGAUUGCCUCUCAAACUCUUCUUCUUGCUGCAAUUGUUCCAGCGUAGCACCAGCUCUGGACACGGUGCCACCUCCUGGCCUGGAUUGUCGCGGUUUCUAAAAAAUUGGACAGGCUUGCGGCCCAGGUUACUGACCUUAAAAAAAAAAAGACGAAACGGAAGACUUUGCCGCAAAAAGCCACCGUACACCAGCCGUACUCUCACCCGUCCGCCAAUAUACCUCAUUUGACGAAUCGUUUACACACUCAAAGUCAAGAAACCAGAAGAAGGGAAGAAGCUACAAUCGAGCGGCCAUUUCAGCAUCUUUGAUUUGCCUUUUGGAGAUCGUAGCAAGCAUAGCCAAGAAGUCCAAGGCCACCCAAGGCCACCCAAGGCCUCGCUCCCGCCGGCUUCCGAACGAGAAGCCUCAAUGUUUUUAGCGACCAGAAGGCCGGCUUUCAUUCCAAGGCGCGCUUCCUCUCAUCCGCCGAAGCUUCCGGAGGAAAUGAAUGCGGACUUCCAGGAAGAGGCAACUCAAAGCGCCGGCUAAAUCGCAAAGUGGAGACUCGAGGGCCGUUCUUCCUGCCGUGGCGCAAACCAGCUCCAGAGAAGAUGCCUUAAGAGUCGGGAAAGGAAUGCGCCGCUUUGAUUUGCCUCAGCUGCCGUUGUGCCAAGCACGCUUCUCCCGGCCAAUGGCUGCAAGCAUUCCCACGUGGCUGCCUUUUGAAGGGUCUGCCGGCAAGUCCUGAAGCAGGCUGGCAAGGUCUGGCCGUCAACCUCCUUGUCCUGUCGUUGGCUGCCGGACGGGACCCAGGCUGAAUGGAGACAAAGUCCAAGAAGCAGAAUAAAUCACCGGUGAAAGAUGAGAAAGGGUGGCUCGAUGUGCCAAAGAGAAAAAGGAAGAACAGCCAGUCUUCGGUGAAGAGCAUGUCAGGGUACAUCCCCAGCUACCUGGAGAAGGAUGAGCCGUGCGUGGUGUGCGGCGACAAGGCCACCGGUUACCACUACCGCUGCAUCACAUGCGAGGGCUGCAAGGGUUUCUUCCGUCGAACCAUCCAAAAGAACCUCCACCCGGCGUACUCGUGUAAAUACGAAAGCUGCUGCAUCAUCGACAAGAUCACCCGCAACCAGUGCCAGCUUUGCCGUUUUAAGAAGUGCAUCGCCGUUGGCAUGGCCAUGGACUUGGUCUUGGACGAUUCGAAGCGCGUUGCCAAACGCCGUCUCAUCGAGGAGAAUCGGGAGAAACGAAAAAGGGAGGAGCUGGUGCGGACCAUGCAGGUGAGGCCGGAACCCGACGCCUCGGAGUGGGAACUGAUCAGGAUGGUGACCGAGGCCCACCGUCACACCAACGCCCAGGGAGCCAGCUGGAAACAGAAGCGCAAGUUCCUGGUAACUGACGAGCCCUUUGUUUUCAUACGCUAUCGAUUCGUAUCCCUUAACCGAAUGAGGUUUUCGCGCCCGCAGCCGGAUGAUAUCGGCCAGGGCUUGGUGCCCGCGUCAGAAGGAGACAAGGUGGACCUGGAAGCCUUCAGCGAAUUCACCAAGAUCAUGACGCCUGCCAUCACGCGGGUGGUGGACUUUGCCAAGAAACUGCCCAUGUUCUCGGAGCUUCCGUGCGAAGACCAGAUCAUCUUGUUGAAAGGCUGCUGCAUGGAGAUCAUGUCGCUGCGCGCCGCCGUGCGCUACGACCCGGACAGCGAGACCCUGACGCUGAACGGCGAGAUGGCCGUCAAACGGGAGCAGCUGAAGAACGGCGGCUUGGGCGUGGUGUCGGACGCCAUCUUUGAUUUGGGCAAGAGCCUGGCCCAGUUUAACUUGGACGACUCGGAGGUGGCGCUGAUGCAGGCCGUCCUUCUCAUGAGCUCAGAUCGCUCGGGGCUGACGAGCGUGGAGAAGAUCGAGCAGUGCCAAGAGGCGUACCUGCUGGCGUUUGAGCACUACAUCAACUACCGCAAGCACAACAUUCCUCACUUCUGGCCCAAGCUGCUGAUGAAGGUCACGGACCUGCGCAUGAUCGGGGCGUGCCACGCCAGCCGCUUCCUCCACAUGAAGGUGGAGUGUCCCAACGAACUCUUUCCGCCGCUCUUCCUGGAGGUCUUUGAGGACCAGGAUGUGUGACGAUAAAAUGUGGCAACCCCCACCCCGCCCCGCCCCCCCACCACCACCCUUACAGGAACACCUAAAAUAACUCGGAGUCAUGAUUUUUUUUUUUUUUUUUUUUUUUUUCUUCUUUGAUGGGAACAUUUGGGUUUUGGACCCCCCCCCCCCCACCACCACCACCACCACCACCACUUACCACCAGCACUCAACAUCACAAGGAAGCUUCUUUGUCGUGCGACUUUAAAAAGGUACGGUUCUUCAAACUCCACACUCAAAAGUCGAUCUAUAUGCAAACAAAUUCCAACAAGCCUAAAGCCCCCCCCCCAACCCCCCCACGCGGACACCUUUCACUUCAUACGGUGUGCUAUUUAUUUGAUUUUUUUUUUUUUUAUCGGACAAUCCCACCCCCACCUGCCUCUUUGCACCUUCCUCAUCAGCAGCGGUGGCCGCCACACUUCAGCUCGACCCCCCCCCCCCCAUUGAGCCGCUGCUAUAACAGUGUUCGCCAACCUACCUCCCUCACAUAGUGAGCUCUCUCGAGAUGUAUAUAUACGCACACACACACACACACUGUCCAAAAUACAACAUAAACGCCUACAAUUUUACCUCAUAGCUUGUAAAAUGUAGUGUCUUAUUUAUUGGCGGUUGACCGAGAGAACACAACCGUGUAGUCUUCGGUCUCUGCUUGUCCUUUUUGUAAUGGGUCUUCAGUAUCCCGCUACAGUGCAGUACAAUGUAUGAGUUACAUUUCAUGCCUGACAUGAGAUGCAGAUUUAACCCCCCCCCUCAUCCACCCCCCCCCUGCUCGAAGCUUUCCCUUUGACAUUAUGAUGGGCCUCGAAGCAAAGCCUUUCGGUAUAAUCAGCGGCGGCUGGUGGGAUACUUUGAAUGUUGACUGUCCCCCCCCCCCUCAACUCCGGAGCACUUUCAAACAACCACCGCUGGAUACAAAAUGCUGUACACGGAGCCACAAUAAUUAUUUUUUUUUAAAAUACUCAAUAAACCACAAGAAUUCAAUGCCGAGUUAAGAGGCGAGCGGCAUUUUGGAGCAACUGGAGACGCUGCGUGGAGGAUGGUUGUUAAGUGCAUUCCGCUUUAAGACCCUUUGGUCACGGCAUUCGGUGUCGGCUGGAGGGAAGCAUGGGAGUCGAUUGAAAGUAGCUUCAAAUUGCGCUCGGUGCCUUUGAAAUUAAAAACAAAUCAAUCCGAUCAGAUUGAGAGAGCUGCUGAUUGAUCUGCUUCUCUUGAUUAGCUUAUCAGCUAGGCUCGCAGCAAUGGCAUUUCUAAGCUAAUUUCUCAUUUCUGGAGUCCUUCCCUCAUUUUCACGUCACUUGCUGGUGGCUCCAAGCCAGCCGUCGUUGAUUAUAUUGAACGGGAGGUCGCGAUGCGGAACGAACGGCAUCCACGUCCCCGAAGCGACCCCGCGGGGCCUCGGGUCAUGCCCGUCCAAACUACAAAGUGACAGUUUGAAAGUAUUUUUCAGGUUGAAGAGCCACUUAUAUUUUUCUCAGGAGUUGCAAACCAGAACCAAAGGAGAGUGAAUGUUGUCGCCAGGUCAAACGGAACCCAAAUUGAACAGCCCUCUGAAAUACCCCCCCCCCUCCCUCCCCCCCAUAUGUGGCAACGGACAGCCUCAGGGCCGAGACCUCAACUGGAAAGUCAAUCUGGCCCCCGGGAUCAACCGUCAGCAGCCAGAGUGCCCCCCCCCCCCCCGAGUCAAGUUGUGGGAGCAACAGGAAGCCCUGAUGAAGCGUGAGACCCCCCCCCCGUUGCGAUGUGAUCUCAACGUGCGUGAUGCUCCCUUGCCCCCCCUUCCUUGCGGCAAUUCCAAACAGCUCAAGGACCUCCAGGUUCUUCCCGAGCGCCCCCCCACCCCCCUCAUCCUCUUUUGCAAUCAAGCGCGGACAUCGAGAGCAAAGCGGACCAGAAGACCUUUUUUUGGGGCGGCACGCCUUUGCGCGUGGGGCGGGGUUAACGACGGCAAGCAACGGGACUCCGGCGGGAGCCAUUUUGGCUCGGUUGUGGCAGGCGUGUUUGUACCCAAGGGAAGAGCACUUGGGGGGGGGGGGGGCGAGACUUUGGCCAAGCCCAUACGCAAACUGUUUUCUUCUGCUCGUGGCUACAGAAGAGGUUGCUGGCCAUUUGCGGUUCCAAAAAAAAAAAAAAAAAAAAGAAAAAGAAAGAAAAGAAAAGCCUGCCUGAGCUUUCUCUCCUUUGCCUGAAAUGUCGACUUUGGAUUAUUAUUUUUUCUCCCUGUGGCACGAAAGCUACGAUGGAUGUAAUAAGUCAGAGCAACCUUCAAAUAACCUCUUUCCAACUCCUGUUUGCCUUGAGCAAUCUUUGGGGGG